GCAAGAAACUAACCACCAGGGCUUGUGUGUUACUCCGAAAUAUCAUCUCCGCUGAUUCGAGGAAAUGCGGAGAGCGACUGAUCCAGAUUCUGGCUGGGUUACAACGAGGAACAGCGGUGAAUAAGAUGAGUCCCAUCUGGAAGAGGGAAAGAAAAAAAAGGUGGUGAAGAUAAGUCUCACUCCUCAGAGGUUUCACAACAUGGACCCUGAACACCAGGAAUGAGAAUGACCUCCUUCUUCUUUGCCGAUGUUGCUGGAAGCAUGGAUGAAAUAUGAAUUUCCUCAGAAAAAUCAACCGGGUCCUCCUGGUGCUGCUGGUGCUGAUGGUGUGUCUCCUCCUGCACAGUACAGUGCUCAGAAAGUCCACUCGGCCCAAUCUCUCAGAUCACCGGAAGGGCCUUGCAAGCGCAGGACGGGUUCCCUCAGUGAAAGAGCCAGAGGCGUAUCAUGUUAUUCCUGUUGUAAUAUGUGCGUCGGAGGAGCGCGUCGGUGCAACCAUGGCGGUCAUCAAUAGCGUCUACAGCAACACAGAUGCCAGUCUGUUCUUCUACAUUGUCACUCUACGCGAUGCCAUCAGACUGACGAGACAGUACAUAGUGAAGACUAAACUGAAAGGUAUCAAAUACAAGAUAUUGGAAUUCAACCCCAUGGUUCUGAAAGGAAAAGUGAAGCCAGAUUCGUCUAGACCCGAACUGUUACAUCCGCUCAACUUUGUGCGCUUUUACCUGUCCAUGCUUGACAUCAAGCAUAAGAGGGUGAUCUACUUAGACGAUGAUGUCAUUGUGCAGGGAGACAUCAAGGAUCUGUUUGAUAUGAAACUGAAGCCGGGUCACGCUGCUGCUUUCUCCACUGACUGCAACCUGCCGUCCACACAUGAGAUGGUGGAAAGCAUCGGCAUGCAGACAACUUACAUGGGCUUCCUGGACUAUAGGAGGCAGGAAGUGAGAGACCUGGGCAUUGACCCCAGAGAAUGCUCUUUCAACCCUGGAGUUUUUGUGGCAGAUGUCACCGAAUGGAAGAAACAGAAGAUCACCAAGCAGUUGGAGAAAUGGAUGGAGGAGAACGUCAGGCACAACAUAUACAGCAGUGCAAUGGCUGGAGGCGUGGCGACCCCACCCAUGCUUAUAGUGUUUCAUGACAAAUACACAACACUGGACCCGUUGUGGCACGUCAGACACAUGGGCUGGAGUCCAGACGCCCACUAUUCAGAGAACUUCCUACAGGGGGCGCACCUGCUGCACUGGAACGGUCCUUUUAAACCAUGGCAUUAUCCUGCUGUUCACCUGGAUCUGUGGGAGAGGUGGUUUAUCCCAGACCCCUCCAGGAAGUUCUCCUUGGUACGACCCAAGAGUCACCACUGAGGCCCUUGGACACUCCUGUCUCAUGACAAAUACACAAAUGAUAAAUACACAAAAUUUGACUAUUCUGUUAUCUGCAUCAAGGGAACUUAGGGCAAUAGGUCUGUAACCAUUCAGAUUCAAUGGGUCUUUCCCUGGUUUUAUGGCUUUGCUACAGUUGAUUUUCCAGCAGGGAACAUUCUUGGUAAUUUUAGGGAUGGUUUCCCCAUCAGACCGAAUUAUUUCAUGAACUAAUUCAUCAUUAAAUAUAUUUACAUCCAUUUGAUAACCUUCUUCAAUUCCCCCACAUCUCGUUGCACUUUGUAAGCAUCCCAAUUAGCUCUUUCCGACUUCCAUCUAAUCUCCCCUCUCCUAAUAUAGUUUUUCCCCAACUUUAGUCACUACAGGGUAAUGGUCGCUGCCCAUUGUAGUAUGUUUUAGCACACUCCAUGUGCUUACACCUGCUAAAGUACUACUUACAAAUGUUAGGUCAAGUGCUUCUUAUGUAUUUUGAUUACUAUUAUAUUGUGUUCCUUCCCCAUUAUUAAUACACACGAUAUAAUAAAUUAUUACUAUAAAUUCUUCUACCCCUACACCAUUUGCAUCUGUGCUCUUGCUCCCCCAAAGUGAAUUAUGUGAAUUGAAAUCCCCACACCAUAUUGUUUUGUACUGCUCCCGCUACGCGACCCGCGUUUUUAAUGGGUCUUUGCAUGGGAAAAUAAAAAUUUGAAUAAAAAAUAAAAAAUCC